AUGUUUCGAUCACUCAAGGACAAGCUUUCGCCUGCGAAGAACAACAACGCGCCAUUGCUACAGACUUCCAACUCUGACAGCAAAGGCACGAACAAUCACCCUCAGCGCAGCGCCUCGCAGGCUACUCGAAGGCCGAUGAAUCCGCCUACUUCCAGCAAUCCUUUCAGGAGCCCCGGAGAAGCCCCGCCACCCUACUCAGAAGGCGCAUCCUCCUCGUUGACUGUUCCGGCUUUCACGCAACCAGCGGCUCCGGCGCAACCGUCUGCCAAUGCCAUCACCCCGCAAGAUGACGACCCAUACGCCUUCCUCUCCAGCUUCGACACCAUCUUCCUGAUCGACGACUCCGGCUCCAUGGCAGGCGGGCUGUGGCGAGAGACCAAGGAGGCCCUCGAGCACAUCACACCCAUCUGCACCGCCCACGACGAGGACGGCAUCGACAUCUACUUUCUCAACGCCAAAGACUCUCCAGAGUAUCACAACAUCACGAACCCAGCAAAAGUUGACCAGAUCUUUGGGAGAGUCCGACCAUGGGGCUCCACGCCGACUGGACAGAAGCUAAAUAGCAUUCUGAAGCCUUAUUUGGCGAAGUACAAGGCGAAGCCGGACAGCACUAAGCCCAUCAACAUCAUCUGCAUCACUGAUGGCGCGCCAUCCGACGAUGUUGAGAGCCCCUUGAUCGCUGCAGCUAAGAAGCUUGACAAGCUUGAUGCGCCGCCGUGGCAGAUCGGGAUCCAGUUCUUCCAAGUUGGCCAGGAUGAGCAGGCGAAGAAGCAUCUGAAGCAGCUUGAUGAUGACAUGGCGGAGAUUGCGGGUGAUGACGAGCUGCGGGAUAUUGUGGAUACGGUGCCGUACAUGGGUGUGUCGGGUACGAAGCUUUCUGCUGAUGGGAUCUUGAAGGUGGUGCUCGGAGCAGUCAAUCGUAGGUUGGACAGGAAGAAGAGUAAGGAUCUUCAUCGAUGA